UUUCUCAUUAUUUCUUGUUUACGUGUUAACUUUUAUUACAUUUUAUUUUAUUGCCAUCAUGAGCGUCCGUCUUUUAAGUUCUGAUAAUGAACAAUUCUCUGUCGAAAAACAUGUUGCUGAACGCUCUGUUUUGAUUAAGAAUAUGCUUGAAGAUGUUGGUGAAAGUGAUGCUCCUAUUCCUCUUCCAAAUGUUACCGCCAAGGUUUUACGAAAAGUGAUUGAAUGGUGUGUUCAUCAUAGUGAAGAUCCUGCACCUGCUGACGAAAAUGAACGACGUACAACUGAAAUUGAUGAAUGGGAUCAAAAAUAUAUGGAAGUGGACCAAGAAACUUUGUUUGAUAUUAUUCUGGCUGCCAACUAUCUUGAUAUUAAACCUUUAUUAGAUGUAGGAUGUAAGACUGUGGCCAAUAUGAUCAAAGGAAAAACUGCGGAAGAAAUUCGAAAGAUCUUUAAUAUUGUGAAUGACUUUACACCCGAAGAAGAAGCUCAAAUCAGAAAGGAAAAUGAAUGGGCGGAAGAUCGAUAAAUCUUUUAUCUGAUUUUUUUUUUUAUGUUUACAUCUUUUGUUAUUACCCUUUUCUUCCACAUUUUUUUUUCUUUUUUGGUAAAGUCGUAUAUAGUUAUCCUUUCUUUCUUUUUUUUUUAUUCUAUUUUUAUUUUUAUAUACAAGCAAGAAAUAAAAAAAAGGGUACCCCACAAAAAAACGGAGUUCCAAAAGAAGG